AUGUAACUCUCUCUCUCUUUCCGUCACUCCACAACAAAGAUAUUUUAUAGAUUAUAAAUUAGAAUAACGUGAAGUAAACCCCACCUUUCAGGUCUCAGGCACGUGACACCUACCCCUUCAUAUAUGAUCUAAUCACCUGUACUCUACUGUGUGUCUCUCUCUCUCUCAUCACACACCACAUCAGUCAGCAAAAAGAAAGAGAGAGAAAAGGUUCAAACUUCAAACCUCCAUCAUCCCAUGUGAGCUGGUAAGAGCCCUUCCAAAACCCAGCCCCAGAUCCACACCACUUUUGACGUACAAAACACGAACCAACACCCAAACUUCACAUCAAAACAAAACCCAUUAAUAUCAUCCCCUCCUCUCAAACUCACAAAAACCAUUAUGUAGCUUCCCUUCUUCUUUUUCUUCCUUUUUUCUUUUUUGCUUUUUGUUUUUGCUUUUGCUUCAAACAAAGAUAAUGGAGAUGAGGAUGAAGAGAAAAGAUGAUGAGAUGAACAUGAUCAAAGUGAAGAAGCAUCAUCAUAUUCAUCAUCCCCACCAAAAAUCCCAAACCCUACCACCCUCCCCAACCCACUCUUUCUCUUCCUCCUCCUCCUCAGAUUUCGAGUUCACAAUCUCUCUCUCUCCUCGCAAAUCCUCCAACACCCUCUGCCCCGCCGACGAGCUCUUCUACAAAGGCCAGCUCCUCCCCCUCCACCUCUCCCCCCGCCUCUCCAUGGUCCGCACCCUCCACCUGCCCUCCUCCACGUCAUCGUCUUACAACUGCUCCUCCUCCGAAACCACCACCUCACGUGACUCCACAGCCAGCAGCUCCAAUGAGUCACGUGACUCCACCUCCUCCUUCGCCAGCGACCUCGGCCUCCUCGCCGACCAGUCCUGUGGCUCCUCUCGCCCCAGCUCCGUCGCCGAAGACACCAACGACGAGUCUUACAAGCGCCUCGGCAGCAGCAGCAAGUACGCGGUGCAGCACACCGCCAGCAACAACGAUGCCUUUUCGAGGAAGAAGUACUUUUCCUUGUCGAGAUUCUCGUCCGUGUUCAAGAAGGAGCCGAAAGUACAGAAAGACAACAAUGUUCCAGAUCACCAGCAGCAAAACAACAACAACAUGGUGGGGCCCGGAUCCAAUAAUGCAUCAUCAGCGAAGCCGAAACGUAUGAGUUUGACUGCCAAGGAGGUUUUUAGCAAAUACUUGAAGAAGGUGAAGCCCUUGUAUGAAAAACUCUCCCAAAAACAGCAACAGAAAAUGGGAGGAGGAGGCGGCGGCUUAAGCAUCAUCACGACCACAAAAACCUCAGCAGAAAAAUGCGCCACGAGAAAUAAUAAUAAUAAAGAUUGUGGUGGCAGCAGUCAUGGUUUAGUUUCUCAGUCCUUCUCGGGUAACCUGAGGUACCCGAGAAGGAGGGGUAGCGUUUCGAGCUGCCCUUCUUCUAUGAGGUGCUCCCCAAGCCACUCAGGCGUUCUCUCCCGUACUACCGGGUUAACGGGUUCGGGCUCAGGUUUGGGUACGAGUGGUGGCAACAGUUCAGCAUCGUCCAUGGAGGAGCUUCAGAGCGCAAUUCAAGGCGCAAUUGCUCAUUGCAAGAACUCCUUGGUCGUUCAGAGCAAGAGCGCUGCUACGUGCCAUGAUAAAUAGAUCUGUACAAGUGUUUUUAUCUCUACGUCUGUUUUCCAAACGGCCGAGGUCUCAUGAAAAAGCUGCAUCUGCAUGACAUACAUGACAUGCAUGUGAUGGGGAUGGAUAUGAUAUGAUGGUAUUUUGGAAACACUCAUUUGGAUUUAGUCUCUCAAAUUGAGCAUCAAAUUAGUUAAAAGUCUCUGUCUGUGAGUACUGUUUAGCCUCGGAACUUGAAAUCUAUAUAAUCUUGUUGUUUAGGCUGUGUUUGCUUUCCGUUUAAUUGACCAAAAAUGUGAAUGAAUUUAACGUAAAAAUCAUUGUA